AAAAUUAUAAGCCAGUCGAAAGUUGACAUUUUAGCAGUGACAACUCAUCUAUCAGAUUCUCCAUGGUAACCGUGGAUGAUUGACGGUUGAAGUGGCAGGCCGCCGCAAGCGCCGACAGUUCGUUAUACGGGGGUCUGUUGACGACUUGUCACAAAACGCAUGACAUACAAACGGCUGUGAACCGUCGCGCGUCCGUGUAAUAGUUGGUUAACAAAAGACGUUCACUUUUACAUGAUUGAAACCAACAACAAUUUUAAUAAGUGAAUGCCAAGCCUGAUGGCUCAAAGGUACGAAGAUCCGAUUCCCCCACACUAUGGAAGUAUGGACACAACAUCCAGCUCGAUGUAUGAUGCGCCGAGGCCCCACUACACAGCUGGGUACGGCCAGCCUGUCCAUCCCCAAUUCAACCAUCAUGGGCCUGUGGUACCCUCACAGUUUUACCCCCCUACACACCCAAGUAGUAUGCUAAACCCAGUCUCCAGUGGAGUUACUGACAUUCAAAAAAGGGAUAAAGAUGCAAUUUAUGGCCAUCCACUAUUUCCAUUGUUAGCCCUGAUAUUUGAGAAGUGUGAGCUAGCUACGUGUACUCCUAGGGAACCAGGUGUGACAGGCGCAGAUGUGUGUUCAUCAGAAUCUUUCAACGAAGAUAUUCAGGUCUUUGCAAAGCAAGUACAGGCGCGAGGAGAUAAGCAAUAUUUUUCAAGCAACGAAGAAUUAGACAGUUUGAUGAUCCAAUCCAUCCAAGUGUUACGAUUUCAUCUGUUAGAGUUAGAAAAGGUUCAUGAACUGUGCGACAAUUUUUGUCACAGGUACAUAAAUUGUUUGAAAGGUAAAAUGCCGAUAGAUCUUGUAAUUGAUGAUCGAGACGGGUUAGGUAAAAGUCUUGGUGCAGUAUCUCCGACUGACAGCAACCACCCAGAUUCAAGACUACUUGAAUCAGCGUACGAAUCAGCAUUUAAAAAAGAGCACUCCUCAACUAAUGAAGGCCUUGUCCAUCCAGUGUGUUUAACUGAAACAAAGAGUCACCCUCCACUUCCUAACAAUACUCAAGGAACCACAGGGUACAACCAUGAAGACACAAGUCCUAAUCCAGAAUCAGAAACAGGCCUAGGAAGUAUGGUCUCACAUUUACCUGGGGACAACGGAAGUGACACAGGUGAGAAUGGCAAUUUGGAAAACAGCAUUGGAUCAGGUGAGGGAACAGAAGAGGACGAUGAUGAUCGAUCGAAAGGAAGGCAGAAGAAACGAGGAAUAUUCCCAAAAUCAGCGACAAACAUCAUGAGAGCGUGGCUAUUCCAGCAUCUAACACAUCCGUACCCAUCAGAAGAGCAAAAAAAGCAAUUAGCGCAAGAUACAGGACUUACAAUACUGCAAGUCAAUAAUUGGUUUAUCAAUGCCCGUCGUCGGAUAGUCCAGCCCAUGAUUGACCAGUCGAACCGAGCAGUGCCUGGCGGGCUCGGAGGUGGCCCAGGUUAUGGUUCUGAUAACCAACCAAUCGGCAGCUUCAUGAUGGAUAGCCAGCAACCACCGAUGCACUUGCGCCCACCGGGUGCUGAUAUUAUGACAUCAUCAAUGUCCAGUAUGAACAUGAGUUUGUCAUCUGGAGGCUCUACCUAUGCCCACCCACAGAUCUCCCAGUUCCAUCCAUCUGUCCAUUCGCAGGCGAUGCUCCUACCGAGCCAUGCCCAUCACGCCAUGAUGAUGGCUCACCCAUCCCCCAAUCAUGGUAUGAGCUUAUCAUCUGCACACAGUCCGCCUGCCCUUAUGAACCCUGCUGAUGCGGUGUCACAGUCACAUAUGGACCUCCACUCAAAUUGACCAUUGUUUUCAAGACUGAAGCAUACUACCGACCGUCCCAAUUUGUGAUACAUUUGCCGUCCUUGUUUUGAUGCUUCGUCGAUUAUCGUAGCUUCAGAAAUAUGAUGUUACGUGGCUAAACUUCUUGUAAUAUCCCUUGCACUGUGGUCGCGUGCUACCUUGGACCUACUGGGUCUGUUGCUGUCCCAAUCAUAUGAGUCACUGGGAUAAACCUUGUAGUUUAGAUAAUUCAUGAAAGGUGAAGAAAAUUGCUCUUAAAAUCUUGUUGUUGUCUGAAAUGUUUCUGGUGUCUCUACAGCUUGUGUUGAAUUCUACGCAAUCAUUCAUAAACUCUACACAAGUCUGGUAUAGACUAAUCCAGCUAAAAAUAUUAGGGUUAAGCUAUUUUUAGUCAAUUGUCAGAAACGUUACCUUGGCUUUAUUCCAUCCAUUUUUCAUUUGUAACAGCCUGAAAUAUUCUGAUAUUUAACAAACAUUCUCUCUUUAACCUUGCAUAACAGGUAAUAUAUUGUUUGACUGAAUAAUUAGACCUUUUCUCAAAAUUUGUACUGAUGGUAUGGUAUUUAAAUUUUUGAAGUAAAAAUCUACAUUUUAUUGGUGAAAUAAUGUUAUAUCAUAGUGCCAAGAUAUUUUCAUCAAAUUUUUCGAAACUAGAGUUUAGGAAAUAUUGCCAAACAAUUUGCAUUCUAACAUAUUCUUACAAAACAAAAUUUUUGCAGAACUCUGCAGUGGGUAAGUGUUUUAACAUAUAACUUGAUGUACACUGUAAGUAUUAUGUAUAUACAUAGGCCUAUUUAUAGUGUACAACAUAAUGUGUCAUUACACAAUAAAGUGUAUAGUAUCCUAUAAUUACAUUAUCCCUUUUAUCCUUUUCUAUUCAUUUUUUAUGUUGUUUUCUGCCUACAGUAAUAUUCUGGAAAAAUUUAGCCAGUAUCUUGCAAUAUACAUAGGUACUGUUGUUUUCAAGUCCUAUUAUUAUCUAUUUACUAUUUUUUAUUGGGGUUUGUUUGUUUUUUCAGUCGAUGCCUUGAUUGUUGAUACCUUUUUCUAUUUAAAAAAAUAAUAUAUAUUAAAUUUUCUGCAAUUAUUCAAAAGUCACUAGUCACUAUUUUAAAUGUUGGCAACAGUGUUGAAAUCAAUAACACUUGGGUUGAUUCUUAAGGUGCCUAAAGUUGUCGAUCAUUCGGUAUCUAUUUGCAUUCAACUACAAUUUAGUGGAUAAUGGAUGGAUUUCAAAUUACUUUUUAUUUCACUUCAUCGUUUUUAAUAUUCAAAUAAUUUGGAGGAUCAUUAGGAGGUGCUUAGAAAAAGAAAAUCUGUGAAAAAAUGGCAAUUCAUCAACCUAAAUACUAUUAUUACUAAUAUUAUAGUAUUCAAAAGGAAUAUGAAGUUCAUAAAAGCAUAAAGUGUGCUUGUUCGGUAAUUCCCAGUACAUUUUGUUUAACAUUUUAACCUUUGUCUUUUCCUUGCCAGUCUUCUUGGUAAAUAGGGGCAACAAAAAGAAAAUCCCAUGCGCAUUAUCUAGUUAAUGUCAAAGGUUUUAUCCUACUGUAUGUUUUAGUGUAAAUAGACUUUGGGGAGAAAUAUAUGUAUAGGUAAAUGUUAGUACAUGGUCUUGAAAUCCAUGUUCAGCCGUCUUUCUUCGUCUGUUAUUGUCUUUAAUCAUCGUAAAAGUUCUCUACGAGAAUUUGAAAAUACAGCAAACCUUUGAAGAAUUUCAUAAUGUAAAGUGCGUCAAAAUGUGAUAGAUGUUAGAGAUAAGUGGUCCGUCGUUUUUUUAAACGUAUAUAAUGUCUAAAGAAUGUUGCUAUUUUUCUUUGCCUCUCUUCUGAUUAAACCGAUUUUGUGAUUUUCUCAAAUGAUAUUUGUUUAUAAAUAUUACAAGAAAUUACCUCAAAAAACGACAAUGGCGGAAUAGAACAGAAAAAAAGUAAAUAACGGAAUAUUCACUAUUUUAAUUAAUAUUCAUUGUAAUUUAUAUUAAGGAUGGUGAUGAAUAUUCAUGAAGUUAUUCGAUAUUAAUUGUGUUAAUAUAUAUUCAUGAAGUUAAUUAAUAUUCAUGAAGUUAAUUAAUAUUGAUGAUAAAUAAGCAUUCUGCUAUUGACUGUAAAAUUGUACCAUGUUAAAAUUGAAUGGAUUUAUGAAUAUUUAUUGCACAUGCGUCGUAUUGAUAUCAUAUGUUGAUGAGGGAUAUUCAUAAUUGUGUAUUGGACGAUAAUGAAUAUUCAUAUUAAAUUGCAUAUUGCUCUUGUAUUUAUUGAUAGUUUGAAGGUACCCACGCUCACAAAUAUAUUAAUGAUUAUUCAGAAUGUAUACAGUACAGUGUACAAAGACCUUGUGUUCACUUGUAUAUACAGUCGCUUAUAAAAAUUAAAUGACGUUUACAGUCUGUUGUUAAAAUUUAAAUACAUGUCAGUUUGGUGAGAAACUGGCUUAAGAAUGUAAGUGAAGGAAUGUUGAAGUGGAUACAUUGUUGAAUUAUGGGUUGAUAUCUGCGGCCGGGAAAUGUUACACAUCCCAUCCUUAUCCUGUCGUAUACGUAGUUAAUAUAUCUUCUCCAUAUCAAUACACAGCACGUUCAGCUGUUUUGAAAAUAUGUACGGCAAUCAUUUUUUGUAAAUCUAAUUGUUGAAAGGGAUUUUUCUGAUGUUUAUAUGAAACAUCAGAUCUCAACAAACCAUUUGGGACAGUGCAUCCACUUUGUUAUAUGUAUGUAUACAAGUACUCGUGAGGGGAAACGUGUAGUAAUAAAUAUUUAUACCGAAACUUAUUUUAAUAUAAAAAUGGAAAUUCAACGUGAAAUUGAAUCGAAUAAAAGGUGUAUGUUGGAAUUGAGAAAAGUUGUGUAAGGCGUCCUUUACAAGAGUUUCAUUGUUGGUUUUGAAACUCUCGCAUUAUCCAAUUACAAAUUUGGAUCAUUUCCUUGUUCAUGGUAGGAAUACCGAAUCCGGAUUUCAUCCGCGUUUGUAAAUAAACACAAUUCCAACCUAAAUUUUAUUUGAUUCGGUUUCCAGUUGUUAUCGUUCUUUAUUAUUUUUAUUUUUAAUACAUUAUUUUAAUUUAUUGGUUUCGUUGGAACAACAUCACGAUCUAAAGAGAUCGAGAUAGUGUUGGUUUUUUUUCUCAUGUGGUAAACUAUAGCAGACUGCUUGAAUAAAAACUGUGAGAGAAGAGGA